AUGCAAAGAAAGUUCAAGAACAAUUCCAUAGUCAAAAACCUCAAACCAGCGUUGAGUUACACUUCAGUCAGACUUUCGGAAGCUGUGCGUCUGCGCAUUGGUGAGGAAGGUAUUACGGCAGUUGCGCCCCAAACAAUACCACAACUCUUUCGGGAGUGUUGCCAACGCGUACCAAACCUACCAGCGCUGGUAUAUAAAAGGGAAAGUCAGAAACCCCAGAGUAAUAAUAAAAAUAAACAACUAAAUACCUGGUGUACCAUUACUUACGCUGAGUAUGAACGGAAAGUUGAAAAAGUGGCGCUUAUACUUCUACACCUCGGGCUCAGUGCCAACGCUUGCAUCUGUGUGCUCGCCCACAAUUGUCCUGAGUGGUUUUACGUACAGUUUGGUGCAUUACGCAUUGGUGCUGUGGUAUCAGGUAUUUAUGUGACUAGUUCAGAAGAGGCAGUAAAAUAUGCGCUCCAAUGUUCUGCGGCAAGCGUCUGUGUUGUGGAUGAUGAGACGCAAUUGGCGAAGGUGCGGGUGGUGAGAGCGCAACUAACAAACUUGAAGGCAGUGAUAUUACUGCAUAGGACAACCGAUAUUAAUUUGACAGAGAAAGAGGGCUAUUACCUUUGGUCAAGCCUUAUGAGAGAGAGUUAUGAUCUAGUUCUUAAGCGAAAAUUGGAGUGCAUUGAAAGCGAGGUGGCGGCAAACCAGUGUGCUAUGCUAAUUUUUACGUCUGGCACAACCGGAUACCCGAAAGCCGUAAUGCUUUCUCACGAUGCCAUCAUAUCGAAUAUAAAAUUUUGUGUCGAAGCUGUGGCACACUUAGGCUCUCGCGCUGGUGUAACCGUUUCGUAUCUACCAUUAAAUCAUAUUGCCGCACAACUUUUCGAAGUGUUAAUGCCUCUACUGAAUGGUGAUUGUGUCUACUUUGGGGAAAGGGAUCUGUCACGAACACUUUAA